AGAUGAAAGGACAAGGCAUUUAUGCCUUUGUCAUUCUGGUGGAAGGUGAACCUUACAGCGAAGAACUGAAAAGAGGCCUCAUACUCACCGUGAGGAAACAGAUAGGAGCAUUUGCUCUGGGAUCAACGGUUGAGGAAGGGGAUACUCUGGGAUUGGCAGCAAUUUUGUCAGCUAUACCUUUCUGUCAAGGAAAAUUCUUUUGUACAGAUAUGAAGUUGUCAGAAGCAUCCACAUCUUACUAGAAGCUGGUGCAUGGAGGCCUUUUCAAUCUCUCUCACCAAAAUUCUUUGACUUAGCCUGUCUUGGUCCAUCUCUUUAGGUUUUGCAUAAUGCGAGUUUGUACAAAAUCCCUUGUCUUGAGCUCAUAGAUAUCCCUGAGGAAUGUAUUAUUUGCUCCUGGAUCGAGAUGAAUCGGCUGUUAAAUUCUGGAGUUUGUAGAAGUUUUUCAGUCUCAAGCUUACAUGGCAAGCUGUAGCUCGAGGCUUUUGUCCCCAGUACUUAAGAACAGUCCUGACACUCAGAAAUAUGAUAAAGAACAGAAUUCAGUAGCCUUGGAGGUCUCAAAGACUACGCCAGGAACAAUGUAGUAUCCAAAUGCAAGCUGCAAAGAGAAGCCAGGCACCUCUUCCUUCACAGGUGAAUGAUGAUUGGAUAAUUCUUGACAAGACCGUUGCUGAUCAAGUGUCUUUGUGGAAAAGCAGCAAAGGGUUCACUGAUGCAUUGGUUCUGGACCAUGUUUGUUCAGGAGAAACGUGUUCUUAUCAUCAAAUUGGUGAUGUCUUUGUUUGUGAGAAGACUGGAAAUGUUCAGGUCUGUGAUGAGACGUGCAGAGAAACUGUUAUGGAUCCUGCCAAUGAGCUCUUGGUUUGCAAAAUAUCUGGACACUGUUUAAAUAGGUUGCUGUCAGCUGCUGAAAUGGAGACUGAUGCCGAGCAGCAGCAAGGUGGUGUGACAGAUGAAGCUGAACCAUUCAUGGGACCUGGUCGAUUUGCACGAGCUUAUGUCUUGGGAUAAAGAGAAUUAGAUGCUGUGUUGAGGUUCUGCUGAGUUUUGGGGAUGGAACGUAUAUGCCUUGA